AUGAUUCAACUAAAGACGAUGCUUAAUUGCAUCGACAAUUCUGGCGCCGCCGUGGUAGAAUGCGCCAAGGUCUUGAAAAUGAAGAGACAUGCAAAAAUUGGAGAUCGCAUUAUCGUCGUCGUACAAAAGCAACGCAAUUUCUCAGAGUCCGGUCCCGGUGCAAGUGUUUCCACAUCCGCAGCGAACAAGGUCAGAAGAGGAGAUAUUAGACACGCAGUUGUGGUCAGGACGGUCAAAAAGCUACAGAGACCAGAUGGAAGUGUCGUCAAAUUCGAUGACAAUGCUUGUGUUUUGAUUAACAAAGCUGGAGAACCCAUUGGAACAAGAUUAAGCGGUGUGGUUGGCACAGAAUUAAGAAAGAUGAAGUGGUCAAAAAUCCUAUCACUAGCACCUAUGCAUCUUUAG